CCUCAGUGAGAGUAACUAUGCCUGCUUUCUCUCCAAAGCCUACUCGUUCUUACAAUGUUCGCUCAAUUAGCUUUCCUGCUAGAUCUCAUCCUAAAAUAUGCAGAAUUGAAGAAGAGCUGAACAAGCUUAGUUAUUGGGACACAUCACUGGCGAAUGCAGAAACAAUCCAUGCUGGUCUUUCUAGUCUUGGAGAGAUAUACAGAUGCAUAGAAGAUCUGCUAAAUUUGACAUCCACCCAGCAAGCUCUAGCACAACAACAAGAGGAGAAAUGGGUAGGUGAUAUGUUAGAUGAUUUGAUUAGGUACUUAGAUGUAUGUAGUUUCACGAUAGAUGCUAUUUCAUUGAUGAAAGAAAGUGUUCGAGAUCUUCAAUCAGCACUUCGAAGAUACAAAGGUGGAGGAGACUCGAGCAUUGAAAACAAUAUCAAUGCUUACAUUUUGUGUAGAAAGAAGAUGAAAAAGGAGACAGCAAAGUCUCUCGCAUCGUUAAAGCAGAAGGAUAGCAUUUCUGCAGAGCCUUCUCUUCUAACUGCAAAUGAUCAUUAUCUAUCUGCAGUAGUGAAAGCUCUUAGAGAGGCAAGCUGGAUCACCAUUUCCAUCUUUAGUUCGUUGUUUUUGUUCCUCUCUGUACCAGUCCUGAAACCAAAGCACAGUAAAUGGUCUUUGCUGUCAAAAUUGGUGCAUAAAAGAUCAGCCGUAGCAUGUGAAGGGCAACCAGAGAAGAUGAAUGAGUUAGAGAAUGUGGAUCUUGCACUUACCAACCUGCUGGUGACGAGCCCAAGCAAAGAUUUAGAGCCACAGAAGAUAGAAGGUGCACAGAAAAUGCUGGAAACUUUGGAUAUCAGUAUCCAUGAAUUUGAAAAUGAGUUGGAAUGCUUGUUUAGGCACUUGAUCCAUACUAGAGUCUCCCUCCUCAACAUACUUUCUCAUCAGCUAGAGUAAAAUUAACAUCCUCAAUUUUUAAGAGGACCUUCAUUUUCUCUAUCAUAUGCACAAUUAUGUUACAUUAGAAGUAUGUACAUUAUGUAUAUCAUAUUUCAAGAUUUACUAUGACAAAUUGCUAAGUCCCAUCAAAUGAAAUAUUUGAGUGAGAUGAAAAUUAAGGGAUUUUUUUGCUUUUGCAACAUCACAAAAGUUGAGAUUUCAAAUUCUUACUCCCCAUAAAAGCACAUUUGAAGAUUCUGAACAUUACAAGCAAAAUAAGCCUAAAAGUCAACCGAAAUAGGGUAUACUGGCCCAUAGGC